AUGGCAACUACUAGUCCGAAUAAAGCCGAUACCUGGUUUCAGGCUAUGGAGCGAUCACUUGUUGCUGAAGAGUGUGUGAAGAAGGCAGCUGCUGAGAGAGGGAGCCACAAGGGAUCAAUCCCACAUAACCGAGGGAAGAACUUUGCACCUAGAGGUUCACCUUUCAAGAGGCGAGGCUCUUUCAGGAGGCCCAACAACAAUAACUCCCAUGGGAAAAGGUUUGGGAAGCAGCCUCAGAAUGAGCAAGCUUGUGCUAGGUGUGGAGGUCACCAUCUGGGAGCCCCGUGCAAGGCCAGAUGGGGUUUGUGCUAUUCUUGUGGUAAAGAGGGACAUAAGGCCGCAAACUGUGUGGAGAAGCAGAAACAAGGUGCUGGGAAGGCACAUCAGACUGGUCGGGUAUUCACCACCUCAGCUAUAGGUGCUGAGGGAUCCGAGACACUUAUCCGAGGUAACUAUGAAAUGGCUGGUCAAACUUUAAAUGUUUUAUUUGAUUCGGGGGCAACAUAUUCAUUCAUUGCAUUUGAAAAAGCUAGUGAGUUAGGCUUGAAGAUUGUUGUUUCAGGAUAUGACCUAAAGGUGCAUAAUGCCACCUAUGAAGCCAUGAUAAUUAGGCUAGGAUGCCCGCAAGAUGCAUUUAGGUUCAAGCAACAUGAUUUUUUCCAUAAUUUAAUCUUCUUGCCGAUGAUUGGACUUGAUCUCAUCUUGGAACUGGACUGGUUAUCUGAGAACCAUGUCCUGCUCGACUGUUCUACAAAAAUAGUGUGCUUCAUGCCGGAAGAUAUAGAAGGACCGGUUGUGAUUGAAACAAAUUUUGGUUGUGUGUGA